AUGCCGCGCGAUGAAGGAGAUGUCCAGUACAACUGGAUUGAUGGUGCAGAGUCGCUUGAAAAGUACAACCCGGGGGGAUAUCAUCCUAUCAUGAUUGGGGAUAUGCUACAUGAGCGAUACCGCAUUGUGGGCAAACUUGGUUUUGGAGGCUAUUCAACUGUUUGGCUUGCGCAAGACACUCAUCUGAAGAGCUACGUUGCUGUCAAAGUUGGUAUAGCAAACUGGCAUCCACAUGAGACGAAGGUUCUCCAAGCUCUCUCUGCGCCACGGCCAUUGUCCUUGUCCGCCCAUCCGGGGCGCCAUUCAAUACCAUUACCCCUAGAUGAAUUCGAGUUACAUGGCCCCAAUGGGACCCAUCCAUGCUAUACAAUGACUCCAGCAAGAUGCAAUCUUAGAGAAGUCUCUUUCAGCCGCCUAUUUCCUCUCGAAGUUACGCGGGCCCUGUCGGCCGGCCUCGCACUGGCUUUAUCCGAAUUAUAG